ACCGGUUGUAAUAGACGGGGAGCAUUAGCCGGGUUCUACGCUUCUUUGUAGGAAGUGAUCUACCGUCAUUUAUCCACAGCGAAGAAACAUCGGGCGUCUGGACACAGUUUCGCUAGAGCAGCCAUGGCUGGACCUGUCACUUUGGAGUUGGACCCCAUCUUUUUAAAGGGUCUGAGUUAUUUGCACUCCAAGAGUAAAGACUCAGCAGAGAAACUCAAAGCUCUGCUCGAUGAGUCCCUUGCAAGAGGAAGCGACUCGUCUUACCGUUCAUUGACAAAAGAUAUCGAGGUGUCAAAAGGAUCUGUGUCUAAACUGAGCUUAAGCAAACAAGACUCCAAGUCCUCCUCCAGCUCUUCAUCUUCAAACAGCAGCAGUGGAAGCAGUAAAUCCAGCUCAGAGAAGAGCAAGAAAGAAGGAGAGAAAAGACCCUCUGAAAAGGUCAGAGUGGACUUGGGUGAUGUGGAUCCCCCAAAAAAGCCUCGACUGGAGAAGCAGGAGAAUCGCGCGUCUCCGAUUACAGUUCAGACCAGCAAGGAUCUCCUGCCAAACAUCAAUGAUGACGAGACAAAUGCUGAUGACUUUGCCAUGGAAAUGGGUCUGGCAUGUGUGGUUUGCAGACAAAUGACAGUGACCAUGGGAAACCAGCUGGUGGAGUGCCAGGAGUGCCAUAACCUGUAUCACCAGGACUGUCACAAGCCACAGGUGACGGACAAAGAGGUGAACGACCCUCGGCUGGUGUGGUAUUGCGCACGUUGCACCAGGCAGAUGAAACGAAUGGCCCAGAAACCUCCGCAGAAACCAUCGCCUGCAUCUGCGUCCUCGGCGCCUGUCGUGAAAGACACGCUGGUGAAAAAGGCGGAGCUUAAAUCCAAACCUGACACAGCCAGCACCUUCCAGGCCUUCAAGAGGACGGAGGUGAAGACUCCAGCCACAUCAGUCAACCCCACCAGCAGCAGCUCCUCCUCAUCGGGCAGUGGCCUCACAGGCUGGGCAGCCUUCGCAGCCAAAACCAGCCCGUCUCUACCUGCCAGCUCCAAACUGGGCUCCUCGGGCGCCAGCGGGAGCAGUAAGACCUUGACCCCGUCUAGUCAGAAACCCGUCGGCUUGUCCGGGCUCGCCGGAGCCAAGUCGGGAAUCGGGAGCGCAAAGCUCGCGGGCGGCAGCAACGGGAACGGCUCCGGCCAGGUCAGCCUGAAACCCCCGCCGCCCCUCACUCUGGGCAAGCAGCCGCUGAGCCGCUCCGCCAGCGGGGAGAGCCAGGGGAAGGGCUCCGCCUCGUCGGGGGCCGGAUCCCCCGGCAGCUCGCAGCCCAGCGGCGGAGGGAACGGAGGCGGCAACGGGGCAGGCAACGGGAACAAUGGCAAUGGGUCAAAGGCUUCCCUGGGGGACAAGCCGACGUCUCAAGAGUCCCAGCUUCACGCCAUGAAACGGUUACAGAUGGUGAAAAAGAAAGCCGCUCAGAAGAAGCUGAAGAAAUGAGAAGACAGGGAACUGAGGUGUAUUGGAAUAAAAAGAAAAUAUAUAAACAGUGUAGAUUAUGUGCCAGAGCAUAAUGUUCGUUUGUGAAGAACAUCUGUACAUGGAGCAACACCAUCCGUUCAAAUACUUGAAUUUUUUUUUUUUUUUCCUUUAUCUUUUGUGUAAAUGCUGCUGGACGCUUUCGUGCCUCAUUCUGUUCUAACAAAUUUACCAGUUGAAUAGUUUUCUUUUUAUCAGUGAACAUUA